AACUUAACAGUACUAAUGUCAGAAAUGAAAAUGCUGUUUCAGUCAUUAGGUUUGCUCUAUUUAAUAUUGCAAUUUAUAUUUUGAUCAUUCCAAGUCUGCCCAUCCAAUGACCAAUAUUAUAUGGUGAAAUGUUGCUUCUUCUCAGGGUAGGGCACGCCAUAUCAAUGUAGGGAUUUUGUUAAAUUAUUCUGACCUCAAUAUCAGGUGUGAUUUAUUGGAUAAUCGAAAAUUACACAGAAAUGCAAACAGAAGUAAUGUUUAUUUUAAUUUUAAUUUUUAGUGACAAUGAAAAUUAUGAUACUUUUGGUAAGUAAAACUUUUUUCAGUCACUCUGUAGACCACGUUCUGACAUCUGUAUACAUUAUAACUGAACAGUAACAAGAUAAAACAAGGUGGCAAAAACAGUCAGUAGAUUCAUGCAGUUGGUUUUUUAUAUAGUGACGAAUUUCUUUGCUUUGCAACAACCAUGCAUCUUUUCAGUAAUAGAUAACGGCUAUUAGCCAAUAGAAAUGCGUAAAGUAGUUUAAUAAUGAUUAAAUAAUUAUUAUUAACCAAUGAUAUAAUUAUUUUGAAUAAGUUUUCAGUAUUAAUUCAAAUAUGAUAUCACACAAGUUUCACAAUUCUACAUCUUUAUAUCUAGAAGAAUUCUCAGAUGAAAGUAUCGCUAUUGUUAGCGAUUCUGAAGAGGAACUGAGGUAGAAUUUAUUUACGAUUAUUCAGUUACGUAUAUGGCAGAUUAGAAUAAUCCAGCGUUCAUGUUAAUAACGCAUUUAAAUUUUAUGAUUUUGGAUCAGAAGAGUUGCCAAAUCAUUGCGUGCUUUUAAAUGUUUGUUUCUUUUUCCAUUUAGACCAUUGGAAUAUUACAAUGACAACCCAAAUAUUCCGUACUAUUCGAAGGGGAAAAAAGACUUCAAAAUGUCGGAAGUUCUUCAUGCCAUCCAACUUAGCGUUGAUGCUGACAGAAUAUGCGUCGAACGUCUGUUAGGUGUAACAGAAGACGCGUCCUUUGUGAUUGAUACGAGUAAGCUUGAAGCACGAAAAGAUUAUCUUGAGGACAAUACUGGCAAUUUUCGGAAUUUGGGACACUGUGGUACAGUAUUUACCGUAAAGAAUGACAAGAUUGUUAGUAUGUCCGCUAUGGAACGCUCAUUAAAAGAUCGACCGCCACUCAAACAUGGUGAAUUUUUGGUGAAAGUUGUCUACUGGGGACAUAAAAAGCACAAAGACUUCAAGAAACGUACUUACGAAGUUUCCAGUUUCCGAGGAGAAGGCGUGUUUGUCCUCGUACGUUAUUUGUUUGAAGAUGAAGCUCAUGAAGUAAGUCCGUGUAAGAAGAUGCGAACUAGCGAGGGAGCAAAACAAAAAAUACGUGAUCGUAUCAAAUCUCAUAAAACACCAAGCGCCAUUUUCGAUGAUUUGUUUGAGGAAGCAGGAGGUAUGGAAUUUGCAGGAGGUAUGGAAUUUGCCUGUACCGCUGACCUACCUCGGAGCAUUGGCCAAAUAAAAUAUGAGCGUCAUAAGCAGCGCAAGAAAUCUGAUAUCGACGAAAUGGCUACCUUGCUGCAACUGUCAAAACAAAACUCGUAUAUUCGUAAUCUUCAGUGGACUCCUCAUCCGCGAAUGGUCGUUUUAACUGAGAACGUUGUGCAAGAUGUUGUUGACUUUUGCACGAAUCCUGAAUCGUUUUCACCAUUUACUAUCGACACAACCUUUAAUGUCGGUCCAUUUUACGUUACUACAACAACGUACAAGCAUUUGAAGUUGGUGGAUGAACGUUCCAAGAAAAGUCCGUCGCUUCCUGGUCCAGCAUUGUUUCACGCAAAACAAGAUACUGGGCAGUUUCUCUACUUUGCCCAAACGUUGCAAGAGGUAAACCAGGACAUUGGUGAUAUCCUAGCAAUUGGCUCUGAUCGGUUUAAAGGAUUUGCAAAUGGAUUUGCAAAAGUAUGCCCUGUCGCUCAGGUGAUUGUGUGUAAGAAGCAUGCGGAAGAUGAUGUCACCAGGAAAUUAACAUCAUUGGGUAUCACAGGAGAGGCACGCAAUAAGUUCAUGAAGGAUAUCUUUGGCAGUGAAACCACAAAGGAAAAGGGAUUGAUUGAUUGCCUGUCCGCCGCAGAAUUCGACGCUAAAGUUCUUCACCUGAAACCGGAAUGGAAAAUGCGUGAAAUGGAGGCACGAAAUACAUCUGAACCGCAGUUCUCGCACUACUUUGAUAUUUACCUGUCUCAUGAAAUGAAAGAGAGGAUGAUUCUUCCGGUUAGACGAAGAGUAGGUCUUGGUGACGACUUCUUUUAUGACAAUGCAACAGAGAGCAUUAACCAUCGUUUCAAGGUAGCAAUACGAAAUGAAAAAGCAACCUGUAACCCAACUGGCGCGAGGGAUCUUGAUUGUACAAUGGCUGAAGCGGGGGAAAUCUACUACAACAUGCUCCAGCAGACUCGCCGAAAUAUUCACCGAGCUAUUAUUGGCUUAGGGCCAUAUCGCCUGAGCGAUCAAUAUGCGUUAUGUUACACCGCUGCACCCAUUUGGAACACCUUGAGUGAUAACGAGAAGACCUCCAGAAUCAGGAUGGUGGAUACCAAGUACAAACCGGCCACAAAAAUUGCAACUGUUGAAGCAGAGACUGUUUCAAGUGCUGUGGGCAAAUCUAUUCCUGAUAUCAUUAUUGAAGACGACCAGUCAAGUGAGAAAUCUGAGGGCAAAUCUGUUCUUGAUAUCACCAUUGAAGACGACCAAUCAAGUGAGAAUGAAGUUGUUUUAUUAGAUGAGCAAAUCAACUAUCGCUCGGAAGCUUCUCAAGUCACCAGACCGACAACAUCUGGAUGCGACACGAUUACAUCCGACAAAAGAAAAACUUUAGCUGAAGGAGGGAAAUUGUCUUUGGGUGACUUUGAGAAGACAAAUCUGCCCAUCAUAUUCAGAGGAUCGUGA